AGAGAGAGUCAAAAUCAAAAACAGAAAGCCACAAAGAAACCACCAUUUAUAGGAAACCAGAAAAUACAAACACAAAUACGCGUGCUCUAUAAGCCAAAUAUUCUUCCUAAAAACCCCUCAUUCAACCCUUUCUCUACAUCUUCACACACACACACACUUCUUCAGAUCUCACAUUUAUUUUACCUUUUUGCAACAACCCCAUUGUGUUUUCAUCCAGAUCUGAUAAAAAAAAAAAAUGAGCUAAAUCUUUAUCACACACACAUAAAAAAAAAAACAAAACAAAACACUAAACAUAGAUAAUAGCACUUAGUAGUAGUAACAUAUACUAGUAGUUAAUAUUUUCAGUUCAAGAAUUCAAGAACAAUGCAAUCAGGUAAUGCUGCCACGUCAGCAGAGAAACCUCACACCAACGGUGACGUGUCAGGGGUGCCACGUCACCAGCAGCAGCAACAAUGGUUUCAACAACAACCUCAAAUGGAUGAAAGGGAUGGGUUUAUAUCAUGGCUAAGAGGUGAAUUUGCUGCAUCCAACGCGAUAAUCGAUGCAUUGUGUCAUCAUUUAAGGCUAGUUGGUGAGCCUGGUGAGUAUGAUGGAGUCAUUGGGAGUGUACAACAAAGGAGAGGUAAUUGGAGUGGUGUGUUGCAUAUGCAGCAGUAUUUUAGUGUAGCUGAGGUGAUUUAUUCAUUGCAUCAGGUUGAGUGGAGGAAACAGCAAAAUGUUGGGGUUAAAGUAGGAAAAGGGGAUAAUAAGAGGGGUGGGAAUAGAGGGGGUUGGAGAAAUGAGGGACUGAAUAGUAAAGAGUUGUAUGACAAAGCUAAUGGGGUUGAAAAGAUUGAUGAAUUGAAGCAAGGGGACAAGAAAGGUGAGAUUUUGGAAUGUUAUGUUUUCCUUAUUUUUGCUGUAUUGGAUAUGGUGUAUGUACUUUUUUGUCGAUGGAUUAUAUUAUCGUGGUUGCGUGACGAAUUUGUUGCAGCGAAUGUGAUAAUCAAUGCAUUAUGUCAUCAUUUAAGGCUAGUUGGUGAGCCUGGUGAGUAUGAUAGAGUCAUUGGGAGUGUACAGCAGAGGAGAGGUAAUUGGAGUAGUGUGUUGCAUAUGCAGCAGUAUUUUAGUGUUGCUGAGGUGAUUUAUUCAUUGCAUCAGGUUGAGUGGAGGAAACAGCAAAAUGUUGGGGUUAAAGUAGGAAAAGGGGAUAAUAAGAGGGGUGGGAAUAGAGGGGGUUGGAGAAAUGAGGUAUUGAAUAGUAAAGAGUUGUAUAACAAAGCUAAUGGGGUUGAAAAGAUUGAUGAAAUGAAGCAAGGGGACAAGAAAGAGUUGGUUGGAAAUCCUGAAGCAAAUGACUCAAUGAAGAUUUCAGUCAAAGAAGUUGGCGACUCACCAAGUGAAGUAGACAAAACUGGUGAUAAACGUGAUUCAAACUCUGAUGGGUCUUCUACUGUGGAGAACGAAUCCAAUUCCAUCCAAGUACCUACUGAGAAGCAGAAUGUUAUACCAAAAACUUUUGUUGCUACAGAGAUAUACGAUGGGAAACCGGUUAAUGUUGUCGAUGGCAUGAAACUUUACGAGGAACUGCUAAGCAAUUCAGAAGUUUCAAAACUUGUUACUUUGGUAAAUGAUUUGAGAGUUGCUGGGAGAAGAGGACAGCUUCCUGCACAGACAUUUGUAGUCUCAAAGAGACCUAUGAAGGGGCACGGAAGGGAGAUGAUACAGUUGGGCGUUCCCAUUGCAGAUGCACCUCCUGAGGAUGAAGCUGCCAUAUCAACAUACAAAGACCGGAAAAUAGAAGCGAUUCCCGGUUUGUUCCAAGAUGUUAUUGAUCGACUGAGUGCUAUGCAAAUUUUGUCUGCGAAGCCGGAUGCGUGCGUUAUUGAUUUCUUCAAUGAGGGGGACCACUCACAGCCUCAUAUCUGGCCACAUUGGUACGGGCGACCUAUAUCUAUGUUGUUCUUGACAGACUGUGACAUGACUUUCGGUAAGGUGAUUGGCGUGGAUCAUCCAGGCGAUUAUCGAGGCUCUCUCAAAUUGUCUUUUUCACCAGGAUCCAUACUUGUAAUGCAGGGAAGAUCAACUGAAUUUACGAAAUAUGCAAUUCCAUCCAUCCGGAAGCAGCGAAUACUUGUGACCUUUACAAAGUUGCAACGGGGAAGAAUCAAGUCUGGUGAUGGUCAGCGUUUCCCUUCAUCAGCAGGAGGUCCUGUCCCCCAGUGGGUUCCUCCUAGCAGGUCACCAAAUCAUAUCCGUCAUCCCUUUGGUGGGCCCAAGCAUUAUGGUUCCAUGCCAACAACUGGUGUAUUACCUGUUCCAGCUGUUCGUCCACAGUUGACUCCUCCAAAUGUCCAGCCUAUUUUUGUUACCUCUGCGGUUUCACCAGCUAUGCCUUUUCCUGCACCUGUUGCUCUUCCACCCGCCUCAGCUGGAUGGGCAGCACCUCCUCCUAGGCAUCCCCAACCCCGACUGCCACUCCCUGGCACUGGCGUUUUCCUUCCUCCAGGCUCCGGCGUUUCAGCCACUGACAACAACAUUCCUGCUGAAAAUCUAGCUUCCUCAGAAAAGGAUACCAGUGUUCCUCUGAAAGAUAACACGGAUACUGAAGUACAAACACAAGAGUGCAAUGGAAAGAUAGAUGUUAGUGAUGCAGAGAAAGCAGUGGCUGAUGAAGAACGACACUAAGGUGGAAAAAGGUGAGUUUAUUGUUGGAGGCUACAAACUGCAGUGAGUUUUUGAAGAAAAUGUAAAGAGCGGAAAUUGUUCAAGAGUUAUACUCGCAUAUCCAGCAGAGCAAGGGAAGAAGAGUUAUCUGUUCUUCAUGCACCUCUUUGCUUGCUCUUCCUUUUUGUCGUCUUAUCAAACAUAUAUAUAUAUUUUAUAUAUAUCUUAAAUUAGAUGAGGAACGUAUUUACAAAACUUUAUUGUAUCUCCACAGAAAAUUUUAGCUCAUUGAAUAGAAGUAAUGAGUAUUUCUUUCUGUCAGCUGCUGCCCCGUUCUCAUAUAUGAAAUCACCAAAAACUUGUAGGCUAAAAUGUUUUAUACUAAAA